CAUCACGUGAUCUAGUCACUACGGUCCUCCAGCGGUGAAAUUCUGAACAAAUUGGCUAACCGCAAAAAUCAUCUUGGCAAUAAAAACAAUAAUAUGAAACAGAGAAUAGAGUAUGCAAAGUGCGCGGGAUUAUAACCUCAUAAAUAUCAUUAUAUUUUUUAAAAACAAUCAGUGUACUAGUGAUAAUAUUAAUUUUUAAAAUGUCAGACGCUUUCGAGGAGAUUCAGGCUAUAAAAAUUAAAAGAAAUAGCUUGAGAGAAAAAUUGCAAAAGCGAAAACGCGAAAGACACGAAUUGUUUACACUCACUUCGCCGACUGCCGGGUCUACGAGCCUGACGGUUGAAAAUGUUGGCAUCGAUUCUACGGCUUUAUCCUCUCAUCAUGAAUACGAACGUGACAUUCUGUCGAUUCUCCAUAAUAAUCUUCCUGAUACGCCGAUCACUUCAGCAGAUCUUGGAGUACAAUUACGGGAAAAUCUUAGUGCUGAUGUGUCGCAUGCAGAGGUCAAAAAAAUUUUGGAGAGAUUGGCUGCCCAAGAUGUUGUCAAAAUGAGCGACAUCACAGAAGAUGGAGUACUGGGUUAUACAGUGUUGUCAGUGAAUGGCGGCCAAUCGUCUCAGUCAAGGGCUUUGAUUGUCAAAGACACGAAAGAAACAGGAAUUCAUGACAAAAAUGAGGAAGACGAGGUGAACGAAGAGGAUGAGGAAGAUGCAUCGCCCCCUGACAAGCAGGCACGUGCGGAGAAAAAAAACACAGAGGACAUAAUGUCAUUGAUAACGAUGCCAACAAUCCGAGAGAAAGAGAGUAAAAAAGUUGGGGAACAAAUACUGGAUUUGUUGUCAAAGCAAACAUCUAAAGAGAAAUCAUUGGCGGAACGUUUUAGAUCUCAAGGUGGUGCGCAAGUAAUGGAAUUUUGCCCCCACGGUACAAGAUUUGAUUGUGCUAAAUUGAAUGGAGGAACGACUGGUGGUUUCAACAGCAAAUGCAAAAAGCUACAUUUUAAAAAAAUUAUACAAAGUCACACGGACGAGUCGCUGGGGGAUUGUAGUUUUUUGAAUACGUGUUUUCACAUGGACACUUGCAAAUACGUACAUUACGAAGUAGAUGGAACGACCGCACAGACGAGGGAACAAACGAGUGAGCCCGAAGGCGGAACGAGUCUCAACUCAAGAGUGUCGCUCGUCGACGGAGUCAGCGUUGGAAAUAUUGGUAGCAAUAACAUCGGAAGUAACAGCGGUAAUAGCAACAAUAGCGGGACUUCUGCAGUCCCAGGAUCCGCGACUUCCGGCAGCGAUCUUACGCUCUAUCCUCCUCAAUGGAUUCAGUGCGAUUUGCGCUAUCUCGACAUGACGGUAUUGGGUAAAUUUGCCGUAAUAAUGGCCGAUCCCCCAUGGGACAUCCACAUGGAAUUGCCCUACGGCACGAUGUCCGACGACGAAAUGAGACAGCUGGGAAUCCCAGCUCUGCAGGACGAAGGGCUCUUAUUUCUUUGGGUCACCGGUAGAGCCAUGGAGCUUGGUCGGGAGUGUCUCCAAUUGUGGGGCUACGACAGGGUCGAUGAGAUAAUAUGGGUCAAAACUAAUCAAUUGCAACGUAUUAUCAGAACUGGAAGAACAGGCCAUUGGCUCAAUCAUGGAAAAGAACAUUGUCUUGUUGGUAUGAAAGGCAAUCCACGUGUCAACCGAGGUCUCGACAGCGAUGUUAUCGUCGCUGAAGUUCGGGCGACCAGCCAUAAACCUGACGAAAUUUAUGGCAUCAUCGAACGCAUGAGUCCGAGCACGAGAAAAAUUGAAUUGUUCGGUCGCCCUCACAACGUCCAACCCAAUUGGAUAACACUGGGUAAUCAGGUUGAUGGCGUGCAUCUCAUUGAUCCACAGCUCAUUAAAGCUUUCCGAAAACGUUAUCCGGAUGGUAAUUCGAUGAAACCGAAUAAAUAGUUAUUUUUCAUUCUAUCUGUUGUAUCUUAUUUUUGUAAUUUUCUUUUAUAUCAAACGUAUAAAAAUAAGUAACCAUAAGUAAUACAUGAAUUCAUUCGUUGUUGA